AUGGAUUUCACGCAAGACUUUCCGCUCGCAGCUGGUCUGCUCGCGCUCGCUUCCAACCUCGCCCCGACACCGUCCUCCGCGAAUACACAUUCCUUUCCUGCACCCGUCUCGAACGUCGGACAUAAUCAUGGCGAUGGGAAAGGCACAUACGAGUGGUCGUCCCUGAUCGGUAUCAUCACGGCUCUGGCCGGGAAUGUGCUGAUCUCGUUGGCACUGAAUAUUCAACGAUACGCCCAUAUCCGGAUAGACAAGGAAUGGGAGCGUGAGAAGCUGCAACAGGAAGUGGGAUGGAAACCGAUACAUCGCCGGCAAACAUCCGGGAGCUUGUACGGCGCCGUCGACGAUGGACACAGCUCGGCGGAGGAGGAAUCGAUAAACCGGCCGGAGAGAUUCAGAGACAACAUUUCGAGCCCCGACAGCAAUCUGCACGAGUCUGCGUUUUCCGACCAGACGGUCCGACCGGGGUCCCCGCAGCACGGGAAGCGCAAGUCCUAUCUUCGGUCUCCAUAUUGGUGGGCGGGGAUCAUUCUUAUGACGCUUGGCGAGCUUGGAAACUUUAUGGCAUACGGUUUUGCUCCGGCAUCUAUUGUUUCGCCGUUGGGUGUUGUGGCUUUGAUCUCAAACUGUGUGAUUGCGCCAUUCAUGCUGAAGGAAAAAUUCCGAAAGCGUGACUUUUGGGGCGUCAUUAUUGCCAUUGCCGGCGCGGGCGUUGUUGUCCUGAGCGCAAAGUCUUCGGAAGAGAAGAUUGGACCUCACGAUAUCUGGGUGAUGAUAACCCGAUGGGAAUUCGAGACUUACUUGGGUAUUACCGCCGCGCUGAUUGUUAUCUUGAUGUGGGCGAGCCGCAAGUAUGGAUCGCGGACCAUUUUAAUUGACGUUGGCUUAGUUGGACUGUUUGGUAUGUCCUCGCAUUCAUACGCCUUGUGCAAUAUGCUAACGUCCUGCAGGCGGAUAUACUGCUCUGUCAACGAAGGGUGUCUCAUCGCUACUCUCGUUUACUUUGUGGCAUGUUAUAACAUUCCCGGUGACCUACUUGCUGGCAUUUGUCCUCGUCUUUAG